AUGGACGCGGACGUGGACGUGGACGCGGACGUGGACGUGGACGCGGACGGGGACAUGGACGUGGACGUGGACGUGGACGUGGACAUGGACGUGGAUAUGGACGUGGACAUGGACGUGGACGUGGACGUGGACGUGGACAUGGACGUGGACGUGGACAUGGACGUGGACGUGGACAUGGACGUGGACAUGGACGUGGACGUGGUCGUGGACGUGGACGUGGAGGACUUGGACGUGGACAUGGACUUGGACAUGGACGUGGACGUGGACGUAGACGUGGAAGUGGACGUGGACGUGGACUUGGACGUGGACGUGGUCGUGGACGUGGACGUGGAGGUGGACGUGGAGGACUUGGACGUGGACAUGGACGUGGACAUGGACGUAGACGUGGACGUGGACAUGGACAUUGACGUGGACAUGGUCGUUGACGUGGUCGUGGACGUGGACGUGGACGUGGACGUGGACGUGGACGUGGACGUGGACGUGGACGUUGACGUGGACGUGGACGUGGACGUGGACGUGGACGUGGACGUGGACGUGGACGUGGACGUGGACGUGGACGUGGACGUGGACGUGGUCGUGGACGUGGACGUGGACGUGGACGUGGACGUGGACGUGGACGUCGACGUGGACAUGGACGUGGACGUGGACGUGGACGUGGACAUGGACGUGGACGUGGACGUGGACGUGGACGUGAACAUGGACGUGGACAUGGACGUGGAGGACUUGGACGUGGACAUGGACGUGGUCACGUGGACGUGGACGCGGACGUGGACGUGGACGUGGAUGGACGCGGACGUGGACGUGGACGCGGACGUGGACGUGGACGCGGACGGGGACAUGGACGUGGACGUGGACGUGGACGUGGACAUGGACGUGGAUAUGGACGUGGACAUGGACGUGGACGUGGACGUGGACGUGGACAUGGACGUGGACGUGGACGUGGACAUGGACGUGGACGUGGACAUGGACGUGGACAUGGACGUGGACGUGGUCGUGGACGUGGACGUGGAGGACUUGGACGUGGACAUGGACUUGGACAUGGACGUGGACGUGGACGUAGACGUGGAAGUGGACGUGGACGUGGACGUGGAUGUGGAGGACUUGGACGUGGACGUGGACGUGGUCGUGGACGUGGACGUGGAGGUGGACGUGGAGGACUUGGACGUGGACAUGGACGUGGACAUGGACGUAGACGUGGACGUGGACAUGGACAUUGACGUGGACAUGGUCGUGGACGUGGUCGUGGACGUGGACGUGGACGUGGACGUGGACGUUGACGUGGACGUGGACGUGGACGUGGACGUGGACGUGGACGUGGACGUGGACGUGGUCGUGGACGUGGACGUGGACGUGGACGUGGACGUGGACGUCGACGUGGACGUCGACGUGGACAUGGACGUGGACGUGGACGUGGACGUGGACGUGGACGUGGACGUGGACGUGAACAUGGACGUGGACAUGGACGUGGAGGACUUGGACGUGGACAUGGACGUGGACGUGGACAUGGACGUGGACAUGGACGCGGACGUGGACGUGGAAGUAGAUGUAGACAUGGACAUGGACAUGGACGUGGACAUGGACAUGGACAUGGACGUGGACAUGGACGUGGACGUGGACGUGGACAUGGACGUGGACGUGGACGUGGACGUGGCCUUGGACGUGGACAUGGAUGUGGACAUGGACGUGGACGUGGACAUGGACGUGGACCAGGACGUGGACGUGGACGUGGACGCGGACGUGGACGUGGACGUGGACGUGGACGACUUGGACGUGGACAUGGACGUGGACAUGGACGUGGACGUGGACGUAGACGUGGACGUGGACGUGGACGUGGACGUGGACGUGGAGGACUUGGACGCGGACAUGGACGUGGACGUGGACGUGGACGUGGACGUGGACGUGGUCGUGGACGUGGACGUGGACGUGGAGGACUUGGACGUGGACAUGGACGUGGACGUGGACGUGGACGUGGACAUGGUCGUGGACGUGGUCGUGGACGUGGACGUGGACGUGGUCGACUUGGACGUGGACAUGGACGUGGUCGUGGACAUGGACGUGCACAUGGACAUGAACAUGGACAUGGACGUGGACAUGGACGCGGACGUGGACGUGGACGUGGACGUGGACAUGGACGUGGACGUGGACGUGGACAUGGACAUGGACAUGGACGGGGACAUGGACGUGGACGUGGACGUGGACAUGGACGUGGACGUGGACGUGGACGUGGACGUGGACGUGGACAUGGACGCGGACGUGGACGUGGACGUGGACGACUUGGACGUGGACAUGGACGUGGACAUGGACGUGGACGUGGACGUGGACGUGGACAUGGACGUGGACUUGGACGUGGACAUGGACAUGGACAUGGACGUGGACGUGGACGUAGACGUGGACUUGGACGUGGAGGACUUGGACGUGGACAUGGACGUGGACGUGGACGUGGACGUGGACGUGGACGUGGUCGUGGACGUGGACGUGGACGUGGAGGACUUGGACACCUGGACGUGGACGUGGACAUGGACUGUGGACGUCGACGUGGACCUGGACGUGGACGUGGACCUGGUCGUGGACGUGGACGUGGACGUGGACGUGGUCGUGGACGUGGACGUCGACGUGGACGUGGACGUGGACGUAGACGUGGACGUGGACGUUGACGUGGACGUGGACAUGGACGUGGACGUGGACGACUUGGACGUGGACAUGGACGUGGUGGUGGACAUGGACGUGCACAUGGAAAUGAACAUGGACAUGGACGUGGACAUGGACGUGGACGUGGACGUGGACGUGGACGUGGACAUGGACGUGGACGUGGACGUGGACAUGGACAUGGACAUGGACGGGGACAUGGACGUGGACGUGGACGUGGACAUGGACGUGGACGUGGACGUGGACGUGGACGUGGACGUGGACAUGGACGCGGACGUGGACGUGGACGUGGACGUGGACGACUUGGACGUGGACAUGGACGUGGACGUGGACGUGGACGUAGACGUGGACGUGGAUGUGGACGUGGACGUGGACGCGGACGUGGAGAACUUGGACGUGGACGUGGACGUGGUCGUGGACGUGGACGUGGACGUGGACGUGGAGGACUUGGACGUGGACAUGGACGUGGACAUGGACGUGGACGUGGACGUGGACGUGGACAUGGACGUGGACAUGGUCGUGGACGUGGUCGUGGACGUGGACGUGGACGUGGACGUGGACGUCGACGUCGACGUUGACAUGGACGUCGAUGUGGACGUCGACGUAGACCUGGACAUGGACGUGGACGUGGACAUGGACAUGGACGUGGACGUGGACGUGGACGUGGACGUGUACAUGGACGUGAACAUGGACGUGGUCGUGGACAUGGACGUGGUCGUGGACAUGGACGAGGACAUGGACAUGGACAUGGACAUGGACGUGGACGUGGACAUGGACGUGGAUGCGGACGUGGACGUCGACGUGGACGUGGACGUGGACGUGGAUAGACGGGGACACGUGGACGUGGACGUGGACGUGGAGGUGGAGGUGGACGUGGACGUGGAUGUGGACGUGGUCGUGGACGUGGACGUGGACGUGGACGUGGACGUGGACAUGGACGUGGACGUGGACGUGGACGUGGACGUCGACGUGGACGUCGACGUGGACAUGGACGUGGACGUGGACGUGGACGUGGACAUGGACGUGGAUGUGGACGUGGACGUGGACGUGAACAUGGACGUGGACAUGGACGUGGAGGACUUGGACGUGGACAUGGACGUGGUCGUGGACAUGGACGUGGACAUGGACAUGGACAUGGACAUGGACAUGGACGUGGACGUGGACAUGGACGUGGACAUGGACGCGGACGUGGACGUGGAAGUGGAUGUAGACAUGGACAUGGACAUGGACGUGGACAUGGACAUGGACAUGGACGUGGACAUGGACGUGGACAUGGACGUGGACAUGGACGUGGACGUGGACGUGGACGUGGCCUUGGACGUGGACAUGGACGUGGACGUGGACGUGGACGUGGACAUGGACGUGGACCUGGACGUGGACGUGGACGUGGACGUGGACGCGGACGUGGACGUGGACGUGGACGUGGACGACUUGGACGUGGACAUGGACGUGGACAUGGACGUGGACGUGGACGUAGACGUGGACGUGGACGUGGUCGUGGACGAGGACUUGGACAUGGACGUGGACGUGGACGUGGACGUGGACGUGGAGGACUUGGACGUGGACAUGGACGUGGACGUGGACGUGGACGUGGACGUGGACAUGGUCGUGGACGUGGUCGUGGACGUGGACGUGGACGUGGUCGUGGACGUAGACCUGGACGUGGACGUGGACCUGGACGUGGACGUGGACGUGGUCGUGGACGUGGACGUGGACGUGGACGUGGACGUGGACGUGGUCGUGGACGUGGACGUGGACGUGGACGUGGACAUGGUCGUGGACGUGGUCGUGGACGUGGACGUGGACGUGGACGUGGUCGUGGACGUAGACCUGGACGUGGACGUGGACCUGGACGUGGACGUGGACGUGGUCGUGGACGUGGACGUGGACGUGGACGUGGACGUGGACGUGGUCGUGGACGUGGACGUGGACGUGGACGUGGACGUGGACAUGGACGUGGACGUGGACGACUUGGACGUGGACAUGGACGUGGUCGUGGACAUGGACGUGGACAUGGACAUGGACAUGGACGUGGACGUGGACGUGGACAUGGACGUGGACAUGGACGCGGACGUGGACGUGGAACUGGACGUAGACAUGGACAUGGACAUGGACGUGGACAUGGACAUGGACAUGGACAUGGACGUGGACAUGGACGUGGACGUGGACAUGGACGUGGACGUGGACGUGGACGUGGCCUUGGACGUGGACAUGGACGUGGACGUGGACGUGGACGUGGCCUUGGACGUGGACAUGGACGUGGACGUGGACGUGGACAUGGACGUGGACCUGGACGUGGACGUGGACGUGGACGUGGACGCGGACGUGGACGUGGACGUGGACGUGGACGUGGACGCGGACGUGGACGUGGACGUGGACGUGGACGCGGACGUGGACGUGGACGGGGACAUGGACGUGGACAUGGACGUGGACGUGGACGUGUACGUGGACAUGGACGUGGACAUGGACGUGGACAUGGACGUGGACAUGGACGUGGACGGGGACGUGGACGUGGACAUGGACGUGGACGUGGACAUGGACGUGGACAUGGACGUGGACGUGGUCGUGGACGUGGACGUGGAGGACUUGGACGUGGACAUGGACGUGGACAUGGACGUGGACGUGGACGUAGACGUGGACGUCGACGUGGACGUGGUCGUGGACGAGGACUUGGACAUGGACGUGGACGUGGACGUGGACGUGGACGUGGAGGACUUGGACGUGGACAUGGACGUGGACGUGGACGUGGACGUGGACGUGGACAUGGUCGUGGACGUGGUCGUGGACGUGGACGUGGACGUGGUCGUGGACGUAGACCUGGACGUGGACGUGGACCUGGACGUGGACGUGGACGUGGUCGUGGACGUAGACGUGGACGUGGACGUGGUCGUGGACGUGGACGUGGACGUGGACGUGGACAUGGACGUGGACGUGGACGUGGACAUGGUCGUGGACGUGGUCGUGGACGUGGACGUGGACGUGGUCGUGGACGUAGACCUGGACGUGGACGUGGACCUGGACGUGGACGUGGACGUGGUCGUGGACGUGGACGUGGACGUGGACGUGGUCGUGGACGUGGACGUGGAUGUGGACGUGGACGUGGACGUGGACGUGGACGUGGACAUGGACGUGGACGUGGACGACUUGGACGUGGACAUGGACGUGGUCGUGGACAUGGACGUGGACAUGGACAUGGACAUGGACAUGGACGUGGACGUGGACGUGGACAUGGACGUGGACAUGGACGCGGACGUGGACGUGGAACUGGACGUAGACAUGGACAUGGACAUGGACGUGGACAUGGACAUGGACAUGGACAUGGACGUGGACAUGGACGUGGACGUGGACGUGGACAUGGACGUGGACGUGGACGUGGACGUGGCCUUGGACGUGGACAUGGACGUGGACGUGGACGUGGACGUGGACAUGGACGUGGACCUGGACGUGGACGUGGAAUCCGACGUGGACGUGGACGCGGACGUGGACGUGGAUGGACGCGGACGUGGACGUGGACGUGGACGUGGACGCGGACGUGGACGCGGACGUGGACGUGGAUGGACGCGGACGUGGACGUGGACGUGGACGCGGACGUGGACGCGGACGUGGACGUGGAUGGACGCGGACGUGGACGUGGACGUGGACGUGGACGUGGACGUGGACGCGGACGUGGACGUGGACGGGGACAUGGACGUGGACGUGGACGUGGACGUGGACAUGGACGUGGACGUGGACAUGGACGUGGACAUGGACGUGGACGUGGACGUAGACGUGGACGUGGACGUGGACGACUUGGACGUGGACGUGGACGUGGUCGUGGACGUUGACGUGGACGUGGACGUGGUCGUGGACGUGGACGUGGACGUGGACGUGGAGGACUUGGACGUGGACAUGGACGUGGACGUGGACGUGGACGUGGACAUGGUCGUGGACGUGGUCGUGGACGUGGACGUGGACGUGGUCACCUGGACGUGGACGUGGACAUGGACUGUGGACGUGGACGUGGACCUGGACGUGGACGUGGACGUGGUCGUGGACGUGGACGUGGACGUAGACGUGGACGUGGUCGUGGACGUGGACGUGGACGUGGACGUGGACGUCGACGUGGACGUGGACAUGGACGUGGACGUGGACAUGGACGUGGAUGUGGACGUGGACGUGGACGUGGACGUGGACAUGGACGUGGACAUGGACGUGGAGGACUUGGACGUGGACAUGGACGUGGUCGUGGACAUGGACGUGCACAUGGACAUGAACAUGGACAUGGACGUGGACAUGGACGCGGACGUGGACGUGGACGUGGACGUGGACAUGGACGUGGACGUGGACGUGGACAUGGACAUGGACAUGGACGGGGACAUGGACUGGACGUGGACGUGGACGUGGAUGGACGCGGACGUGGACGUGGACCUGGACGUCGACGUGGACGUGGACGCGGACGUGGACGGGGACAUGGACGUGGACAUGGACGUGGACGUGGACGUGGACGUGGACAUGGACGUGGACAUGGACGUGGACGUGGACGUGGACGUGGACAUGGACGUGGACGUGGACAUGGACGUGGACAUGGACGUGGACGUGGUCGCGGGGACGUGGACAUGGACGUGGACGCGGACGUGGACGUGGACGUGGACGUGGACGUGGACGUGGACGUGGACGCGGACGUGGACGUGGACGUGGACGUGGACAUGGACGUGGACGUGGACCUGGACGUGGACGUGGACGUGGACGUGGACAUGGACAUGGACGUGGACGUGGACGUGGACGUGGAUGGACGUGGACGUGGACAUGGACGUGGACGCGGACGUGGACGUGGACGUGGACGUGGACAUGGACGCGGACGUGGACGUGGAACUGGACGUAGACAUGGACAUGGACAUGGACGUGGACAUGGACAUGGACAUGGACAUGGACGUGGACAUGGACGUGGACGUGGACGUGGACAUGGACGUGGACGUGGACGUGGACGUGGCCUUGGACGUGGACAUGGACGUGGACGUGGACGUGGACGUGGCCUUGGACGUGGACAUGGACGUGGACGUGGACGUGGACGUGGACAUGGACGUGGACCUGGACGUGGACGUGGACGUGGACGUGGACGCGGACGUGGACGUGGACGUGGACGUGGAUGGACGCGGACUGGAUGUGGACGUGGACAUGGACGUGGACGUGGACAUGGACGUGGACAUGGACGUGGACGUGGUCGUGGACGUGGACAUGGAGGACUUGGACGUGGACAUGGACGUGGACAUGGACGUGGACGUGGACGUAGACGUGGACGUGGACGUGGACGUGGUCAUGGACGAGGACUUGGACAUGGACGUGGACGUGGACGUGGACGUGGACGUGGAGGACUUGGACGUGGACAUGGACGUGGACGUGGACGUGGACGUGGACAUGGUCGUGGACGUGGUCGUGGACGUGGACGUGGACGUGGUCGUGGACGUAGACCUGGACGUGGACGUGGACCUGGACGUGGACGUGGACGUGGUCGUGGACGUGGACGUGGACGUGGACGUGGACGUGGACGUGGACAUGGACGUGGACAUGGUCGUGGACGUGGACGUGGACGUGGAGGUGGACAUGGUCGUGGACGUGGUCGUGGACGUGGACGUGGACGUGGACGUGGUCGUGGACGUAGACCUCGACGUGGACGUGGACCUGGACGUGGACGUGGACGUGGUCGUGGACGUGGACGUGGACGUGGACGUGGACGUGGACGUGGUCGUGGACGUGGACGUGGACGUGGACGUGGACGUGGACAUGGACGUGGACGUGGACGUGGCAUCGACGUCGACGUGGACGUGGACGUGGACGUGGACAUGGACGUGGACGUGGACGUGUACGUGGACAUGGACUUGGACGUGGACGUGGACGUGGACCUGGACGUGGACGUGGACGUGGACGUGGACAUGGACAUGGACGUGGACGUGGACGUGGACGUGGACGUGGAUGGACGUGGACGUGGACGUGGACAUGGACGCGGACGUGGACGUGGAACUGGACGUAGACAUGGACAUGGACAUGGACGUGGACAUGGACAUGGACAUGGACAUGGACGUGGACAUGGACGUGGACGUGGACGUGGACAUGGACGUGGACGUGGACGUGGACGUGGCCUUGGACGUGGACAUGGACGUGGACGUGGACGUGGACGUGGCCUUGGACGUGGACAUGGACGUGGACGUGGACGUGGACGUGGACAUGGACGUGGACCUGGACGUGGACGUGGACGUGGACGUGGACGCGGACAUGGACGUGGACGUGGACGUGGACGACUUGGACGUGGACAUGGACGUGGACAUGGACCUGGACGUGGACGUAGACGUGGACGUGGACGUGGACGUGGUCGUGGACGAGGACUUGGACAUGGACGUGGACGUGGACGUGGACGUGGAGGACUUGGACGUGGACAUGGACGUGGACGUGGACGUGGACGUGGACGUCGACAUGGUCGUGGACGUGGUCGUGGACGUGGACGUGGUCGUGGACGUAGACCUGGACGUGGACGUGGACCUGGACGUGGACGUGGACGUGGUCGUGGACGUGGACGUGGACGUGGACAUGGACGUGGACGUGGUCGUGGACGUGGACGUGGACGUGGACGUGGACGUGGACGUGGACAUGGACGUGGACGUGGACGUGGACAUGGUCGUGGACGUGGUCGUGGACGUGGACGUGGACGUGGUCGUGGACGUAGACCUGGACGUGGACGUGGACCUGGACGUGGACGUGGACGUGGUCGUGGACGUGGACGUGGACGUGGACGUGGUCGUGGACGUGGACGUGGACGUGGACGUGGACGUGGACGUGGACGUGGACGUGGACAUGGACGUGGACGUGGACGACUUGGACGUGGACAUGGACGUGGUCGUGGACGUGGACAUGGACGUGGACAUGGACGCGGACGUGGACGUGGAACUGGACGUAGACAUGGACAUGGACAUGGACGUGGACAUGGACAUGGACAUGGACAUGGACGUGGACAUGGACGUGGACGUGGACGUGGACAUGGACGUGGACAUGGACGCGGACGUGGACGUGGAACUGGACGUAGACAUGGACAUGGACAUGGACGUGGACAUGGACAUGGACAUGGACAUGGACGUGGACAUGGACGUGGACGUGGACGUGGACAUGGACGUGGACGUGGACGUGGACGUGGCCUUGGACGUGGACAUGGAUGUGGACGUGGACGUGGACAUGGACGUGGACCUGGACGUGGACGUGGAAUCCGACGUGGACGUGGACGCGGACGUGGACGUGGAUUGA